CUUUUUAUAGUUAAGAUUGAUUUGAAUAAUUAAUCUAAAUUAUAUAUACCAACAAAUUCUUCUGUAGAAGUUGUUUAAUCACAAGCAAACAUAUACAUGGAAGGAGUUAAUAACAAAAUAAUUGUGAUAGGUCCACAAUUUUGUUCUCCUCAACCUCUUCAAAUAUUCAUAAAGAAGAAAGUUUACUUCUUGGGUGGACAUGAAUAUGAAGUUAAAGAUGAUAAUGGCAAUAUGGUCUUUACUAUUAAAAAUGUUUUGGGGUUUUUUCGUAGCAAGUUGAUCGUCUUUGAUGCUGCUAAUCUACCAAUUCUUACCCUAAAAAUCAAGCCUUUAACGUGGCAUGGUAGAUGGCAAACUUUUAAGGGAGAUAGCACAGAUGAAAAGGACCUCAUAUUUAGUGCCAAGAAUUCUUCAAUCUUUCAAUUCACCAGAAACUUGGACAUUUUCUUAGCCAAUAAUAUAUCAGAACAAGUUUGUGAUUUUAAAAUGAAAAGUAGCUACAUGGAUUCAAAUUGUGACAUCUUUGUUGGACAAUCAUCCACUCUAAUUGCUCAGAUGGAUAAGAAGUAUACAGCAGGAAGUGUAUUCCUAGGAAGAGACAAAUUUAUGGUGAAAGUGAAUUCAAAUGUGGAUCAUGCCUUCAUAGUUUCACUUAUAGUUAUCCUUGAAGAGAUAUCCAGCUCAGGACAAAGCAGCACUCAUUCCUCAAAACACUAAUGGAUAUCUAGCAAUUCUUUUCCUUUGUUAAUUGUUUAACUCAUUUUUUUUAAUUCAUUUUUAUAUUGAUAUGAAUAGGUUAUUCCAGAUUUUUUGUUGGUUGCUUCUUGUCACGAGUUGUAACCUUAUUCAUUACAUUAAGUUAAAUAAUCACAUGUCCUAUACAUAU